CUUCUUAUCUGUCACGUGGCCUCGUCGUCUCUUCUGAUUGGUCGGUCCAGUUGCUGGUCAUCCAAGAUGGCACCGACCCUGGUGGAGCAUGUUGUGGCUGACGCAGGAGCGUUUUUAAAGAAAGCUCCUCUGCAGGAUAUCGGCAGGAACAUCUACACUCUGAGAGAUGUGGUGGACGAGAUCAGAGACAAACCCACCAGGAGGAGUCUGGCUUUCCUGCCCUACCAGCUCAACUUCAAAGAACCGCAUCCCGAACACAUCAGACACGUGACAGAGUUCUCCAAGAAGACCGGAGACUACCCGAGUCUCUCAGCCACCGACAUCAAAGUCCUGGCUCUGACCUACCAGCUGGAGCUGGAGCACGUCGGCUCCCAGCACCUGAGGAGAGAGCCGGAGAUCAAGGUUAAUGUCCACAGCACACAGCGCCACCCAGAGACUCCUGUUAACGUUGCAGGAUUUCACUUUCCCUCCAAGAAACCUGCGGACAGUUUGAGCAGCAGCAGACAGACGGAGACGGAGACGGAGACUUCAGACCCCAACGACAGUGAAGAGUUUAACAGCUUCCAGUUCUGGAGGGAACCGCUGCCGACCGUCGACAGCGACCUGCUGGAGCUCCUGGAUCCAGUGGAGGAUUUGGAUUUGAAUAACAAACAGAACCAGACGUCUCCUGCGACAGCUGACGGCGAAGAGUUUAACAGCUUCCAGUUCUGGAGAGAACCGCUGCCGACUGUCGACGACAGCCUGCUGGAUUUACUGAAAGCGGAUGGUGUGUCAGUAUCAGACAGCAGGUCGGACACAUCGCCACAGACAGAGGACCAAUCAGACGACGAGGACAAAGAGAACGAGCCUGAAGAGGAAGAGGAGGAUGAUGGAGGAGGUUGGAUCACUCCCAGUAACAUCAGACAGGUGAAGAUGGAGUCGGCUGAUUGGACGGCUCCUGCUGAUGUCAGAGUCGGGUGCCUGACCACCGACUUCGCCAUGCAGAACGUUCUCAUUCAGAUCGGACUUCACAUUCUCUCUGUUAACGGGAUGGUGAUCAAACAGGCGAGGAACUACAUCCUGCGGUGUCACGCCUGCUUCAAGACGACCACUAACAUGAACAAAGAGUUCUGUCCCCACUGUGGAAACAAAACUCUGAAGAAGCUGGCGGUGACGGUCCGCGAUGACGGCAGCAUGCAGAUGCAUUUCUCCAAAAACCCCAAAGUGCUGAACCCCAGAGGACUGAGGUACUCGCUGCCUCUGCCUCAGGGAGGGAAACACGUCACCAACCCCCAGCUGGUUGAGGACCAGCGUUUCCCCCAGCAGAGACUGUCCCGAAAGGCUCGUCAGAAGACCGACGUCUUCAACCCGGACUACGUGGCCGGAGCCUCGCCUUUCUGCGAGAACGACAUCUACAGCCGAGCGGCCAACCUGCAGAUCAGAGACGGGCAGUGUGGAGGCGGCAGGAGACGAGCCAACCCCAACGCUGCCCGCAAGAAGUUCGUCAAAAAGAAGUGAAGAGCUGUCGGACAUUUGGACACAUGAAGACACAGCGUCCUCAGAUUUGUUUGACCUCACAGCUGUUAGAGAUUUCAGGACGAUACAGGUGGUUUUUCUUGUUUGAUACCUGACGCUUUCAUCCAACCUGGAUCUUACCAUUAUAAUUAUUAUUAUUAUAAUUAUUAUUUAUCAUUAUUAUUACUAUUAUCAUUAUUACUAUCAUCACUACUCCUCCUCCUCCUCCUUACAGAAAUGGACAAAAGUACCAAAUAAUGUAAUAAACUGGGAUUAUGAUCCAGUCCAAGGAAGGACCAGAUUCACAUCCUCCCUUCCACGGCAUCCAUGUUUGCCUAUUACCUUUACUCCUUUUUACUGGUUGGCUCUCUCAACCCCUGGGGGGCCUCAGUUAUCGUUUAUCUCCUGGGCUUAAUAUUCAAAACAGUUCCCGCUUUAGGUGAAUGCUCAACACAAAGAUAAUGUGUCGUGUGUAAACACUGACAGUCGAUAUGUUUACAGACAUGAACUGAAAGGAAGGAAAUAAAUCUAAGACCUGACGGAUGGGCAGGAAUGUGCAUGUGAUUCGCAGCUGGUGAGUAAAGCAGGCAGAAACGGCGGUAUGGUCCUUUAAACAUAAAACCAUCAUUUCAAAGGUCAACAGACGCACUCAUGUUAAACCCCCUGGACGCGUUGAGACUGAUUUAUCAGUGUGAUGUUUGUAUAUUAAUACCCAGUAAAUUAAUAAAGAUUGACUUCAGCUG